CUCUUUUAUUAUUAUUAGGUUUUUAAUUGAAAAAGAGGAAAGACAAGCGAUGAUUUAUGCCAGAUUUAGCUUUUUCUCUCUGCAGUCCGUUGAGAGGUACACACACAACAAUCAACAUACAUCAAUACAUUACAUCUUAUCGAUCGCACUAAUAAUAAUAAUAAGGACGGAUCAAAGCAUGAAUCAACAUAUCAGCACCUUUAUAAGUACAACCAUACAAUUACAAUUCAUUUCAAGAACCGUCAAAGGAAGAGUAGUUGCUGAAUAUUCAUUGUUGCUGAAUGGGUCUGUGCACCUUGAUUUUCAGUCUUGGCUUGUUUGAGUCAAAUAGUAAAUACAAGCUGCUGAUUAGUUAUUCUCUUGUAUUCUGUCUCCCCGCCCCCAGUGUGCUCGGUAUGGCUCCAGCAGCAGCACCACCAGCGCCCCCAGUGGCAGUCAGGAGUGUGAGCAGCCACAGGGUCUGGGCCACACUGAGGACGCUGCAGAGCACGAGCACAUGAAGGCCAUGCUGAGGACCACCCUCAGCGGGGGGGACAAGGAGGCCAGCGCCGUGCCGGGGCUGCGCACACGGACGAGAUCCCGGCCCGGAAGAGGAGGUCGCAUUAUGCCUUCAAGGACUCCGCCUGUGGAGGACACUCCGAUCGGGGGAGACGACGACGCAGACGCAGACGAGAUCAUGGAGCGGAUAGUGAGGUCGGCCACGCAGGGUCCAGCCCAGCCCAGAGAGAGGAGGAGGUCCAGAGCCAACCGCAAGUCCUUGAGGCGCACUCUGAAGAACGGUCUGACCCCAGAGGAAGCUCUCGCUUUAGGACUUAGCGAUUCUCCAGAUGGAUAAAUGUGACCUUCCCGCCGCCUGUCGUCAUUUCCGUGGAAACACUGCGACAAUCAUUCAAAUCGACAUCUCUGUCCUGCCGCCUGCCUUCGCCUCACUUCACAGAGUUGUGUUCCACCAGUCACAGACCCCUGUUUUUGCCAGCUGCUAAUGUUGCCUGAUGUGUCUGAGUGAUGAAGCCGCAGCCGUGAUAGCGUUUUAGUUUUUUAAUGCAACUGAUGUAUUUCACUUGACAAGGAAAAGGACAUUUAAAUUCAGUGCCGCCGCGUCUACACUGAAUGGAAACAUUUUCGCGUUAGUCCUAAGGGAAACGUUUUGCUUGUGAGUUUUUGCAUCUGUGACGUGACUAUUUUUCAUUUAUUUAAGCUGUGAAUUUCAGUUGUUUAGGAUGACAAAGUUUGAUUUGUUCUCUAAUCCAGUUUCAAAGAAUCCCAGGAGAUCCUCAAACAAAGAGGCGAAUGCAGCUGCACGUUUGACACGUUUGUGUUGAGUAGGAAUGAGUAAGGUUUUCUAUCCGAUGUGAUGUGCCUUUCAUUUAAAAGGGACGGUACUGUGGUUUUAGCCAUCCCUCCCUCUUGUUACAGUCACCUCCUACUUCUCAGAGGACUCACAAAUGUCACAUUCACAGGUGCGGUUAUAUCGAGUACAACUGUUCGUUACAUUUCACUUUUUUAUUUUGGCAAAAUAUUUAUUUGCAAAGCUCGGACAUCUUGCACUUUACUCGACAUUAUACGUUUCUAAUGCUGAAAUGAAUGACUCGUGCAAAACAGACAAAGGAAGUAUUUAUCUCAGAGGAGCUGUUUGUAAAAUGUAAAAAGACAAAAAGAUAAAGACCUUUUUAAAAAUUGUAAUAAUCUAUUUUGAAGGACGUGCAGGAAGUUCUGCAGAAAAUGUGUAAAUGCCCUUUUCAGCUGCCAGGUACUGAGUACUGUAGACUACAGUGUGCAUGAUUAGUGCGGUUCAUUUGAUGUAAUAUUUUUGUAAUUUCUGUAGAAACUUGUCUGAGAGAAAAGAGGCUAUUCUGUGAAUUGUUAUAAAAUAAAUGAAAGAUGUGGUCAAAGCUGAAAUAUGUUUUCAAGGAGAUGCUGUGUGCUGAGAGGAGAGCAGGGUUCAGCAUUCACUCUGAACUCUGUGCAUUGUACUUUAUAUGAAAAGUUUGUGGAUAAUAAUAAAAGGUCUCAGCUGAACCAUCUGCUCCUCUCAUGGUACAACGGAAAACACAGGGAAACAUCGCUGCAUAGAUAUAAUGUGGUGAGCUGAACAUGAAACCAUGGUUACACUUUCACUUGAAAUGCUGUGUAUAAACACUCUGCAAUAAAAUACGAAAAACAUUGAGUGAAAAAAAA